AUGUGUGUCCUGCAGUGGCGCCACAUGCCCGGCACAAAGAUGAUGUCUUUGGUGCUCCUAAUGAUCGUAUCAGCGGCAUCGUUGUCUGGUGCAGCAGAUGAUAUACACGUUAAAGUAUAUUAUUUGUUGUACGGGGCCGCUGUUCCUGCACAUUACAAUGAUGCGAUCGGCAUUGGUUUCAAUGCAUCAAUGGCAUCAAAGCAGUGGCUUCGUGAGUCGAAUGUGAGUGUGGAAGUUGUUCAUCCGUCAUCGUACGACGCCGAACCCGUUGAUGGCUUGCAGACGGCCAUAGAACAAAACAGGGAUGAGUUAUUUGUGUCGGUUGGGCCCCUUAAUGACGCUGACGCAUUAUCUUUCAUGCCUUUGCUUAAACAGGAAAACUUGGUCACUCUUGGUCCCUACACUGGUUCAAACUCUGUGCGUGGGUGGAACCCAAAUCUCUACUUUCUAUUUGUUUCGCCCGUUGCUGAGUUACUGACACUGCUUCGUUUUGCAGUAACACAACUGCGUUUGCGACGGAUUGGUUUCAUGUACCUGCAGAAUGUCUCAUUUGGGGACAACGAGUACUUGCUAGCUGUGGAGCUGAUGUCGCAUAUGGGUCGUGAAUUGUGUGGCGUGUUCACUGUAAAGAGCUCUGUAACGGGGGAAGCGGAUUCUUCCGAAUUUGACACUGCAUGGAACCGGUUUGCAGAAACGCAUCCGCAGGGUGUGAUCAUUUUUUCACCACUGUCAGAAGAUACAGCAAAGUUCAUAAAGAAUAUGAUUGUUGAUAACCGCACACGGGAUGCGCAUUUCCUUUCCACUUUACCGCAUGAGGCUGAAAUCGAAAGUGCGUGGCGGUGGGCAGCUGAUGCUCUCAACGUCACGUUGAAGACCGACCAAGUGAUAUUAACAGGAGUCGUCCCCAGGCCGACCAGCACUGAAUACGCCGCUGUUCGUCGUUGCCGAAGUGAUGUGGAGUCGUACUUAAACGACCACACCAACUCGGGCCAGUACAGUUCUUUGAAUAUCACAGAUCUCUACGGUGUAGACGGAGAGCCAGUGAUGUACGGGUGGAUCGUUGGUGAGGUGUUGUCCCAAUCCCUAGCGAAUCGCGAGUUUCUUAGUAGCAGGAAGGAAUACAUGGAAUCGCUUUACAGGCAACGCCGGUACGUCAUUAACGACCUUGUGAUUGGUGACUUCGGUGGGGAAUGCGGGUCAGCGGCAGCUGAUUACGGAGCGGCCUGCAACUGCAACCAGGGGGGGAACGUGGUUUACCUGAACUCUCUAUCAAGCGAUUACGCAUUGGUCGACAUUCGCAACGGGUUAACUGUAUUCAAUCCGUCUAGUUGUUACUACGAUGGCAUGAGAGUGGAGUCUCCCGUGAAUGGUUUGAUAUUUCUUUUGUGGGAUAACCCGGCUGCACUAAGAGCCAAUGGGGAGAUAUACGGUGGCGUUAGUGUCCUUACUGGCGAUGGAACGUUUGGUCAAUCCGACCGCUUGUUUUUACAGGGUAGAGCUUCGGCGUCAAGCGCUGCAUCUUCAGCACUGAUGCACGAGUUGGACACUAAGGUUGUUACGGCUCUAUUUGGCGCAGUGAGUGAAGAAAUGCUUGCGACGGCGGAUGUCGUAUUUAUUGACCCUAUAACGCUAAAUCCGGAACUUCGCCAUAACGGAAGCAAUGUGAUCUACCUGUCACCAACGCUGGAACAGCAGUUAUUUGUGAUUUCGGGGUAUCUGGUGCGCAAAGCGUCUGGAAGAGCGUCCGUUUUAUUUCGUGGCAGGAACGCGCAGGGAGUCGAGGACGCAAUUCGAAGAACGUUUUUGGCCACCGGCACCUCGCUGGACUCAUUUGCUACGUUAGACAAGGUUGCGGCAUUGAAAGAGAAGCUUCCGAAAGACGGAUAUGCCAUUGUCAUCGGAAUCAACGUCGCUGAUGUCGGAGAGCUUAAAGAUCACCUUGAUGCUAACCCUGAUGUGUAUGUAUUCGUGCCGUUCUUUGACAUGGCCUUGAUGUACAGUGGUAUCGCGCGCACAUUUAAUGGCAGCCCGAGCGCUUACCGCCUUCUCUUCCCCACGAGUCUGCCCCACUGGGCAGACGUCAACACAACAUCAGAGACCGUACGAAGGUUCCACGCUGCGCUACGUGCUCCUUCCGUUUGGACGCCACUGAGGUUGCUUGGGUUCGCUACCGCAAGGUUCACGAGGACUGUCCUUCAAUUCACGGAAAAGGUGACCCCGAAGACUCUGACCGAGACCAUCUUUGCACAAUCGGUCAUUGCCGUUGACGAUAUGCGGUAUGGCCCCUUUGCCAGUGAUACCUGCGCCGAGCCCCUCGGUGGGGAUGCCAGUGACGCGGAAAGCUGUAUAGUUAACUACGGCGCGACGCGCAUUUCCCUGUGGUCCGCGGCUCGGGCGUUAGACGCCUCAGUGUUGCCACUUACCUCGCCAGUGACACCGUCGAUAAAAUACCUUAAUCCUCAAGAAGGCCAACUCACGAACGCCGAACUUGCAGGCCUUAUCGCUGGCGCUCUCAUCGCUCUGGCGGUCGUUGCGGCAUUGGUAGCAACGAUGUUGUAUUUGUUGCGCCUAAGUCGUAACAACAACCGUGCACCUAGAGAGCCAACUGACCCCGUGACACUAAUAUUUACUGACAUUGAGAGCAGCACUGCGUUGUGGGCUGCACACCCUGAGCUGAUGCCUGAUGCCGUCGCCGCGCAUCAUCGUAUGAUUCGUUCACUGAUUGCGAGGUAUGACUGCUACGAAGUCAAAACUGUUGGGGAUUCGUUCAUGAUAGCGAGUAAGAGUCCUUUCGCUGCCGUCCAACUCGCACAGGAAUUACAGCUGUGUUUCUUGCAUCAUGACUGGGGAACAAAUGCGAUUGAUGAUUCCUACCGUGAGUUUGAGGAGCAAUGCACGGAGGGAGAAUGUGAGUACACACCGCCAACUGCACGGUUGGAUCCUGAAGUGUACAGUCGUUUGUGGAAUGGCCUGCGUGUACGUGUUGGAAUCCACACCGGGUUGUGCGAUAUCCGACACGAUGAAGUGACGAAGGGAUAUGACUACUAUGGGCGGACUCCAAACAUGGCAGCAAGGACAGAGAGUGUGGCAAAUGGUGGUCAGGUGCUGAUGACGCGCUCAACAUACCUGUCACUGUCAGCUGAGGAGCGUGAGCAAAUUGAUGUCACUGCACUUGGUGCUGUUACACUUCGUGGUGUGCCGAAACCUGUGGAAAUGUACCAGUUGAAUGCCGUGCCUGGUCGUGUCUUCACCGCACUGCAAUUAGACCGCGAGUACUUCGACAAGUCAGAUUGUUCCUCCGCAACAGCCAGCGAUGUAAGCUCCGUUCGCGGAGGAAUGAAUGGGUCUUCGCUGAUGAUCGCCAGUUCUCUACAAGCUCUUCUGGGCACAUUCGCCGCAGCACAACGGCGGAAGUUGCUCGUUCCCUUGUGUGAGCGUUGGCAUGUGCCGUUUCCUGCUGGAGCGAAAGACAAGUGGGACGAUAAAUGCUGUGAGGAAAUCAUAUGCCGCAUCGCGGUUAAAGUUGGACGUGUGGUAGAUCUCUGCGCAUCCAGUGGCACCGAACGGUCAGUCAGCACGCUGAGGAGCGCGUCGCUGAUUAUUAUUGCAAACCACUUUGCGGAACAUGAGGCAUAA